AUGGAUCUUUCCACUGAGUUUGAUGACCUAAUUCCCUACCACUUACUAGAGAGUUUAAGAGUCUUUGUGAUUGAUCAUGACACCACUCAACUUCAUGUCAUUGCAAAUAUGUGUAUUGAAUGCAACUAUCAAGUUAUCACAUCCACUUUGGCUUCUUUUGCCCUAAAUCUUUUGAGACAAACAAAGGGUCCUUUUUUUGAUUUGAUAUUAAUUGAUGAUCAAAUGCCGGAUAUGGAUUCGUACGACUUUUUGCAACAUGUUACACAAGAAAUUAAAAUUCCGGUCAUUAUGAUGGGUGUUGAUGACACAACAAGUGAAAGGAUGAAUGGGGCUUGUGAUUAUUGGCUAAAACCUUUGAAUCCGAAUUAUAUCAAAAACAUGUCGCAACAUGUUGCAACAAUUCAACAUGAUCAAAUUGAAAGAGUGUCGGAGGUGGUCAAAACAGGACAAAAACGAAAGAAAAGAGAUGAAGAAAGUGAAACAAAGAAGAAUCGGGUAUCAUGGGUGUCAUCACCGGAGCUUCAAGACAAAUUUUUAAGAGCUGUGAAUCAACUUGGCAUUGAAAAGGCAACGCCAAAACAAAUUACUGAAUUGAUGGAUGUUCGGGGUUUGGAAACCUCGCAUGUUGCUAGUCAUUUGCAGAAAUUCAGAAUUCGUCAUUUCAAUUGUUCAAGUAAAAAGACAAAGCCAAAAAGUGGAAGGGCCAAUUCAAAUGUUCCUCAUGAAAGCAUUCAAGUUGUUGAGUCAAUGCCAGAACAAGAUAAAAAAUUUGAUAGCAAUUUUCUUCAUGCACAGCAACAACAUCCGAUUCCGAUGGUGUUUGAUGAUUUUGAAGUUUCCAAUAUUUUGAGUAACAAAACCAACAUGAUGCUAGAUGAUUCAUCAUCAUUAUAUUUUGACUAG